AAAAUAAAAACGAAGUGAAAUCAAAAUAAACAAAAAUCUCAUCGCACUACCGUCUGUCUGUAUCAGCAAUUUUUGUUCCGCUUUGCAGUUAGAAAAUUACCUAAAUCCAAAGCGCAGAAAGGUCUCAGGCAGAAAGCAUUCAGAUAGUUUUAUAAAAUUUAGAACGAAGAAUUUAGCCGAACUUAUAGACACAAUGAAGAAAUCGGCUUCAAAACUGGUCAAAAAACGAAGCGACCGUCCAAAAGAAGAUGUCGUUAAGAAGGUCUAUAAAUACGAUACAUCCAACGAAUUACCUAUUUACGGAGUAAUCGUUCAAUGGGACGCAAAAAUCAAAUACACCAACAAGGCUUUAGCGGACAAAUUCGAAAGCAAACUGGCGAUCUUCCGGUCCCUUCUGGAUGAAACAAACAAAUCGACCAUGGCCGUAAAAUCCCUCAAACGCAAACCGAUUCCAUACCUUCGACGAAUUGGCCCUAGCAAGGCGGUGGUGAUGUUCGGCAACAUGGUAUCGGCCAAUGAUUUCGUGGACAUGCAGGAAGAGGACGACGAAUUCACCACUUUUAUUCCAAUGAGUUUCGUGUCCACAGUUGGGGUGGCACGUUUCAGCAAAUUUAACUUCAAGCUUACGGAUUUGCAGGAGUUUUUCCCCAAGGGCUACACGGUUCUGCAAUGGCGCAAGAAACGUCUGCCGGACGGCAAGAUACUGGUAUCGAUUGCCGUUCAGGGAUCCAAAAUACCGGAAUCCCUCAUCGUCAAAGGAGAAACGGUUCCGUUCGAGCUAUUCGAACGGAAACCGAUUUAUUGCAUCCGUUGCCUUCGGUAUGGCCACCGAACGAAUGAUUGCAUGCGGAAGCCACGUUGUGGCGUUUGCUUACCGCGCAAACCCUAUUCGAAACACCGGGAAAACCAAUGUGGCACAAUCCGACACAAUCCCGACAUCGAACGGUGCCUUUACUGUGGCCAAGGACACAGCAUCGGAACCGAGGGAUGCAUCGAACACGGCCAGCAGCGCGAGUUCAAGAUGAAACUGGUGCGCCACAAGAUGGACUAUUUGUCCGUGCUGGAGAGGGACACUCUGCCGGCGAUUCGCACGACGCCAGUCAAUUCGAACCGGAUUUGGAUGGACUAAGGUGGAUUUGACGGGAAUAAGGUGGUUUCUUGGACAGUUUCGAUGGAACUGUCCCUUGUCGAAUGACAGUGCAACCUGAAGUGAGAAGGAAUAAUUAAGUUCAAAUUAUUAUUUUAUAAUUAUCUUUAUUUAAGUGGAUUUCCGCACUGGACGGAGCUACAAUUUCCUAAAGUGGACUUCCAAUUUCCAAAGCCAACAUAUUUUAGCUUAUAAAAAUAACAUACAACUUGAUUUUUUUUGCGUAAUAAUGUUACUUCAAUAAAACAUAUAAAAUAAUA